AUUAUGCGGCUGCCAUUUCGAUCCUUUCACGAUGUAAUUGUAUCUUGAAGAAGAGAGAAUCAGAACAGAACUGGUUUUCAACGUAUCUAGCGAAGCUGCCGCGAUCGUCGGCGUUCGGCCUUCGUCCUCAUCCAGAGCCCCACGGAUAUCACUUGUUGCUGGCUUGCUGGUUUCAGUGUUCGCCAAGCGCAACGCGAUCGGCAAAUGUCGGCAACUAAUUCUUGCUCGAACGCACUUCGGGAUUAGUCUUUUGUGAUAGUUUGUGUGUGGAGGAACGUUUUCGUUUGACUCAUUUCAAGGACAUGUUUUAGCAAGAUUCGUCACCGAAUUAUUGGAAAUGCCUUAAUUAGUGAUCAUACACACUGUGGAUUUAUUAUUGUUGAUUUUUAAAGAAUAAGGACUACCUCAAUUGCAAUGUCCUUGAUGGUGCAAUAAACAACACACAUAGCUACGCAAAAAAACGAGUGUAUAAGUGAUAGAGAGAGAAAGAGGAAGAGAACAAGUGUAACGACUCGUGGUCCACGAUGAUACGCGAGUUUUGAUCUUAAAAAGUGUACAUGGUGAGAGAGAAGUGCCUUCGCGUUCCCUACAUAAAUAGUGCGUAAAAAAUAGUGCGAUAGUGGCUCGGCAACCAACAGGCCCGUUCUUUCCGUACAUCGGCAACCAACCAGACGUGUUCAACGAUGACGGACCAAUCCGUUCAUCCUUCUCGCCGCUCAGUAUGGAUGCCAACGAGCCAAACCCUUUCGCCCGCUACCCAGACGACCGUUCCGACUCUGGCGUGAGUUCGCUGCGCUCUGGCAGCGGCGAUGAGCGUUCGGGUUCGCGUUCUAGCGCGCUCAGCUCAAACGACGACAACACGCAACUAGUUUUGGGCCGGUCGAACCGUUCGCCGUUCAACCGGUCGCCGCUCUUCAUACCGACGCCCCCGGAACCGGCGUCGGUCCGCGUCUGGAGAGAUCCCGAUUUGGCGGAGACAGCGGAGACGCAGAUAAGACACGUGAACAGCGUACAGCACCAAUCGCUGCUGAUGUCACACCAGCCCCAACCCGCCGCCGCCUCUGGGCCACCGACGACGUCGAGCAUACCAGCGGCGUCGCUGUACGCGCCGGUUCCGACGCCGUCGUCGCUGAUGGGCACGCAUCCGCGUCCGUUGCAUUCGCAUCUGGCUUCGAAUAUGUACGCGCCUGCUCAUCACAUCCCGGAGAUGUUGUGGAAGUCGCCUUAUAAUCUGCCUGGUGGUAUACCGUCGUCGCACCUGUUGGCGGCGUCGCAGGCUGGUCACCAUUCGGAGGAGAUGAUGGGGAGGGAACGUAUCAUGCAGGAGAGGCAUAAUGAGAGGAUUGCUUCUUCCAUCAGAGAACGGCAUAUAGAGGCGAGAGAAAUCGAAAAAAUUAAGGAGAGAGAGAAAGAAAGGGCUGAAAGAGAAAAACAAGAGAAAAUGGAAAGGGAGAGGGAGGAGAAGGAAAGACAAGAGCAAGCUUUACACAAUCAUUUUGAAAAGUCACUCAGGCAGGCGGCACAACAAAAAAGGGAACAAUGGAACCCCAUAACUGGAAGACCCACCCAACCACAAAGGAGCAGCAGUGCGGAAGAAGAGAAGAAGAGGGCAGAGCAAGAGAUGAGAGAUCAGAGACACCUGCAAUCACGGCAGGAUCCCAAAGAUAACCGAUUUUACGCAAACCUGGAAAAUCUGUUUCAGGUCCAACAACAAAGAGUACCUGCCAUGACAUCCAAAGUCGACUAUCCUCCGCCAGCCCACAGUAGUCGCGUGGGAGCCAUAAAGCAAUCCGAGAAGAUGUCGAACAUGCACAACGUCAACCAGAAGAACGACAUGAACAUGUUCGGCUACUCACCCUACCACCCUCAGAACGCCUACGCGUUCGCGCACGACGCCAAGGUCAAAGACCACCACAAGACCUCAGGCAGCGUAGGCCUCUUGGCCAAAUCCGCCUCGCCCAUCGAACGAGACAACCUACCCAACCCGCCACCUUUGAUAAGCGAGAUGAAGAACUCCGUCAUCGUGAAGCACGACGGUAAGAACCCCCACCACAUGGAACCGCGGGUUUCGAUAGCCCACUCGCCUAGUCCGAAACUAAGGACGGAGAUGAUGGGUCACUAUAUGCCUAUGCCGCAGACGUCCAAGGGUAACCUGUACGAGUACAGGAGCCCCACGCAGUCGCCACACCAUCACCUGGCGCACACUAGUCCCCACCAUUUGGAGGCUCAAGGUAUGGGGAAGACGACCCACCACAGACAGCUGUCAAGUCCCCACCACCAUCGGCAGUCUCCACACGCACCUCAACACUCAUCUCCCGAGAUGAGGUAUCGGGGGAACUCUGAGGCCCAGACUAUCAUCUAUCCAGCUCCCGGCAAGGCCAACUAUCAGUUCAUGGCCACCACGGCGGGCUACAGCCACCACACCACGAACGUAUCCAAUUCCAAGCCCAAGGUCAGCAGUCCUGCCCCCCACCACAUCUACGGAAAACCUUCGGCGGGUAUCUUGAGCGGUUUGCCACCUAACUCUAGGGGUAUGGAGCAGAGUUCUGCGGCGAUGCAGAUCCUGAACACCAAACCCCCAAUGCCGUUGUCGAUAUCACCCUCCCCGUUUCAACAGGCGUCUCAGUACCAUCCGCCCCCUCCUCAGGUAUCGACGCAGUUGAAUUGUCCACCUCCAGCCCAUAGGACUGCACCCUACGAUAGGAUAUACCCGGGUACGACGAUACCAAGCGGCAUCCCUCCGAAGCCCACGAUACACGGUGCCUCACCCCCAACAGCCUCAGCAGCCCCAUCGGGCAUCCCCAGAAGCCACCCCCAAUACAUCCCAAACGUGAGCAUACCAAGCGGCAUGCCCGGUAGCCCCUCGAUGCAGAUGCAGCCGUUGGACCUGGGAAUGUCCUCUAGCAAACACGAGAGCAACGCCCCCUCCCCCAAGAGGAAGGGCACCCCGGUGCACAUGGACAGGUCGGACUCACCGGUCGAGGCCAAGAAGAGGCGGCUGGAACCACCGUCUGUGACCUCCCCCCAGGUGAUGUACUCGGUGGUCGGGCAGCCCCAGCUGACGCGUGUCAAUGAGCCGACGCCGCUGAUAGCCAGCGAGGCGACGACCAUAACGACGAUGGUGAACACGGGCGCCACGUUCGAGAUGGCGCCUUCGCCCGUCGCGAUGCCGGCCAACCCUGUGUCGUUGGCCGAGAACCUGCCGGAUCUUAGUGUGACCCCGGUUAGUGUUGAGUUAAGUGCGAGACCUAGCAGUGCUGAGUCUAGCCAACAGGCUUCUCUGACUAAUAGUGAUAGUCCGGCUGCUGUACCUACUCCCAACCCGUCUACGUCAGGAAAGGAGUCCCCCACCACAUCGAUUAAGACGACUAUAACACCAAAUAGUAUCGACUCUGAAAAGUCCAAUAGUCCGGGUCCCAACAAGAAUUCUGGUAGUUACCCAGUUCGUCACCUGAAAAAGGCUUGGCUUCAAAGACAUACAGGAGAAGAUAUGGAAGAUACAACUGGAGUGAUUGGAUCUGGAAGUUGUGUGACACUACCUAUUAAUAUAAGUACUUCAAAUAAUAACAAAGACCCCCCAGUGAACACUUUACACGCGAUAGGUUCAAUGGCUGUUAAUAGUAUAAGUAAAACUAAGCAUUUAACAAAUAAAAGUAACAAUCGGAAAGGUGUUUUGAAAGAGGGUGCCUUAAAUGGACAUCCAAGUGACUUAACGAAAGGUGAUGAUUCAUCAAGUUCAGACCAAGACAGAGAAAGGAAAUCACCACCCAAAAGGAAACCGCCCAAAGUAAAAAGAAAAAAAGGUGGAGGUGGUCAUAAGAAGGUUGUAGAAGAUAAAAAAAGAAAAACUAGUACACCAACAGUUGCCAGCGAAAGUGGAAGCGACAGUGACAAAGAUACUGCAAGUGAAAAAGACUCCGAUUCUGGAACCAGUACUACUCUUUCAGUGAAGAAAGGCAGUAGUAAUAAGGAACCCAGAAAACGUGGACGAAGACCAAAGAUUUCAAAAAACAGUAAAAUCGAGGAGCCGCGUGCCAAAAAAUUUAAGGAGGAAAUUUUGAGUCAACGUGACCCUUUUCGGAAACCACCGAUAGGGCAACUGAAGAAGACCGGUGAAAGUUUCCUACAAGACGGUCCUUGCUUUGAAGUUGCACCGAAAUUGGCUAAGUGCAGGGAAUGCAGGUGGACCCCAAAUCAAAGGUCCAAGAAUAUGCCAAAUAUCUUUUGUAGGUUUUAUGCCUUCAGAAGGUUGAGGUACACCAAAAAUGGGCAGUUGGCAAUAUCAGGAUUUUCAGAUCCACACAAAAAUUCUUUAGAAGAUGAUAUCAAAUUAUGGCUCCCCAAUCCAGAAAAUCCUCCCAGUGACUUGGAUUUGGAAACGUCAAAAUUUCUCUUAAAACAAGUAGGCGACCACUUCUGCGAUUUAUUAGUACAAGAAAAAAACGCUGUUAAUGAACACUUAUCUGAAGACAAAACUGUAGCUUGGAAGAGGGUUGUUCAAGGUGUGAGAGAAAUGUGUGACGUGUGUGAAACGACCCUAUUCAAUUUCCAUUGGGCUUGCGGUAAAUGUGGAUUCGUAGUUUGCCUAGACUGCUAUAAGGGCCGAAAGAAUGGAACGUUGAAGAUUUGGGGUGAGACUGGUAAAGAUAGAGAUGAAUACUCCUGGUUGCUGUGUACAAAUCGUCAAGCUCAUGAACAAGAAAAACUCAUGUUGACCCAGAUAAUUGCAGACAACUGUCUGCUGCGAUUGGGCAGAAUGGUCCACGAGGUUCGCGAACUAUGGAAUAUAGAACAAUACUGCGAAUGUCCUAUGAGCAAAGAGGUGAAAUCAAACAACUUGAAAUCGAAAGAUAUAAUAAAAAACAUUAUCAGCGAGAAUAUGAACGGUUCCGCAAAGCCAACCGAAGAUGUGAAGGAUGUGAAACCUUUGGUGAAUAACAUUGAAGAAAAAGACGAAGGUGAAGGUGAUAAUCCAUCGCCCUUAUCCUGGUUUUCUGACAUGCUCAAAUCAAGGGAAAAAGAAGAGCAAGAAAAAACCGUCAAAAAGGAGAAACAGGAAGAGAACAACAGUAAAGAAAAAAACGAGGAAAACAGCAGUGAGGAUGACGACAUCACCUAUUCCACGCUGAGAGAACUGUUGAUAAGACCAUCACACAAACAGAACGGCAGCAGGGCAGGUUCGCCAACUGUUCAAUCGAAGAACAAGAAAACGAACCUGAAACUCGACAACUUGGAUGAAGUGUUGACGAGCGUCAUUGAAGAGAACUCCCCAAAAGAAGACGAGGUUGUGGAAGAAGAAGAUAAGUGCGAAUUGAAGCAUUUCGUUAGACGACGAAGAUACAAUUGGCAGGUGAAAGGAAGAGUUUCUCUGCCGAUUAGGAUAAUGACGAUGACUGAAAGCAAAAUAUUAUAUCCAAAUGUACCACACAGUUGGUUGUGUGACGGUAAACUCUUAAGACUGAUCGAUCCUACCCAUAAAGAGAAUUAUAAAAUCUUCCAGGAUCAGUGGAAGCGAGGUCAACCUGUGAUAGUUUCUGAUGUGGACAGGCUUCUCAAAAAGGAUCUUUGGAAUCCAGAAUCUUUUGCCAGAGAUUUUGGGGAAGACAAAAAUGAUCUUAUCAACUGUAUGACCGGCAACUUGGUACCUAAUCAACCGAUGAAAAAGUUCUGGGAAGGUUUCGAUCACUUUGAAAAACGAUUGAAGGACGAUCGAGGCAACCACAUGCUCCUGAAAUUGAAAGACUGGCCGCCAGGUGAAGAUUUUGCGGAAAUGUUACCAACGCGAUACCAGGAUCUUAUGGAGGUGUUACCUUUGGGGGAAUACACACACAGAAACGGCAGACUGAACUUGGCCAGUCGAUUGCCCGAUUGUUUCGUCCGACCAGAUCUGGGACCAAAAAUGUACAACGCUUAUGGUUCCGCGCUGCACCCGUCCAAGGGCACAACCAACCUACACUUGGACAUAUCGGAUGCAGUGAACGUGAUGGUUUAUGUAGGGAUUCCCAAAGAUGGCGACAGUGACGAACAUAUAAAAGAAGCGUUCAGAGCGAUUGAUGAAGCCGGGUGCGACAUUCUGACUCGAAGGCGAGUGAGAGAUAAGGGUGAACUUCCUGGCGCCUUGUGGCACAUCUACAACGCAAAAGACGCGGAUAAAAUUCGAGAUCUACUCAACAAAGUGGUUAUGGAGAAAGGGGGCAGACUCGAACCAAAUCACGACCCAAUACACGACCAAAGCUGUUAUUUAGACGGUCCAUUGCGCGAACGCCUAUACAAGGAGUACGGCGUCGAAGGCUAUGCAAUAGUUCAGUGUUUAGGAGAUGCGGUGUUCAUACCGGCAGGUGCGCCUCACCAGGUCCGGAAUCUCCACAAUUGCAUCAAGGUGGCGGAGGAUUUUGUCUCUCCAGAGAAUGUGUCGCAUUGUUUCCAUUUGACGCAAGAGUUCAGGGACCUGUCCGACACACAUUCGAAUCACGAAGACAAAUUGCAGAUUAAGAACAUCAUUUAUCACGCCGUCAAAGAUUCAUUAUCGACAUUGAAUUCGAUACUUAACCAACAUGUAGUUAAAUUCGAAUCAGAAAAUUCCGAAUCUAACGGUAACUGCGGGGGUAGUGGUGUUGAAACCCAGAAGAAAGAUCUUUCAGCAGAUUCUGCUGAAACAGAUGUCUAAUUUUGUGAUAUUGGUCUAAUUCUACAUUUUCGAAGUAGGAAAUUUUCAUAUCUGAGACUGAAGUAAAUGUUUGCAAGCAACAUUAUUUUUAGUAGAUUAUGACGUAGUUUUCAAUGUUUUAAGUUUAUUUUCUUUCUCGAGAUGAGGAGAUAACGAAGUUGUUAUAAGUUAACGUUAUGUUUUGCUAGUUAUUUGAAGAUGUUAAUAAAUUUUUAUUCCGAAUAUGUGACAUUUAUUGCUGAAGAAUUCAAACAUUUUGUUUUCUUGAAAUAAAUUUUCAUUUUUAAAAUUCGUGUUCUCCAUUAAAUACCAUUAUAUUUCACACAUUAUUGCAAUGUGUAUUUCUUAAAAGGCAGAUUAAUUAAUUUCAUCAAUUUUUGAUUCUUCCAUACAUUGGUUCUACAUUUUUUUACUACUUCAGAAAGAAUGUUCUCUACAAAGGGCUUUCUUCAUGAAUUUGUAGAUGACCGAAUUUUUGACUGCGCUUAAAAUAAACAAAUUUUGUAAAUUACUGUGUGAUACUAAGAUUGUCUUUAAUAUUCAGUGCGUUGUCAGUUUUGUCAUGGAACCAACAGAGGUCCCUAAAUUUCUAUGUAGUCUGUUGUAAUAUGUACAUACAUGUACAUUGUGACUAAUUAGUUGGAUGAAAUGCUGAAUAUGCACGGUUUAUCUUCCUGUUUGUAGAGACCUGUGACUUCCUAAGUCGCUAGUCAUAAUUUAGUACACCACAUACACUUAUAUCGACUUAUGUGGUGUCUGAAGGCCCAUUAUUGCUCUAAGAGUUCUUUAUGGUCGUAUUUUGUUUUCUGAAAAAUUGUAGCUUUCAGCUACCCUGUGGUAUUCAUUUCAUAAACUUCAACCAUAGUUUUGUUGAACUUCUUGGACAAAUUGUUUAAUGUGAAAUACUGUAACUUCAGAAAUUACAAAUUUGAAUGUAGAGAAAAUGUUCCAUUUGGACAUACAAAAUGAAAAAUCAUAAGUGACAAAAAAAUUAGAAUGAUGGCACUCAUUUAUCUCUCUUCAAAAUAAGAAACCAAAGAUAAGCAGAAUACAAAUUGAAGUUACACAUUAUUUUUUUUAUAACCAAAAUGAAUGUACUCUGUUCAAAAAAAAGUUGUAUAUAUUCUGCUAUUUUUGAAAUGCUUUUCAUUUAUAUUUGCUCCUGUGUGGAAUUAUCAAUUUUUUUCUUUGAAUUUAUGAAUAAUAAUGUUGGUUUUUAUUUGACAAAAGAUAAAUUUCCUGGAUAUAUUGUGAAUAAUUUGACGCUAUUUUGUUGAAGUGCCAAUCAUGAUUACCUUAGGCCACCAGAAGCAACCAUAUUCAAUUGUUUCAAAAAGAUAUGACAAUGGUUGUUUCUAGAAAUAACAAAUGAUCUCGAUUUUUUUCACAACGAUAACUGAUUUCUUCCCACUUUCUUAACAAAAAAAAAGAGUGAUUUGGAAAUUUUGUAAAAUAGAGAUUCGGUUUUAAGUUCUUAAUGAACAUGUCAUAUAUGUAUAUUGUUUCAAUGAUUGUGAGGACAUAAUUUAUUUGCUUCUACAGUGAUUCAUUGUACAGUAGCAUAGUAUUUUUGUACAGUAAUGAUUGUAUGUUUUCUGUACCUUUGUAGGUACAGUAUGAUUUUUGUACUAUGUAUAUUAUGUAAGAUCCUAGAUUUGAAUAAGAAAUUCUCUAUUAUG